AUGAUUGCCGUAUCAGAGUUGUGGCAGUUCACAGAGCAGCCUCCAGCGUUCCGUGUGCUGAAGCCGUGGUGGGAUGUCUUCAUGGACGUCCUCUCUUUGGUCAUGCUCGUCAUAUCAGUGUUUGGCUGCACCCUUCAGGUAAUGGAAGAGAAAAUGUACUGUCUUCCCCAGAGAGGUUCGGCUUGUCCGCUAACCUCCAAUCAAACAGGGAUUUUCCCGGAUCAGACUGUUGCUGCACUCCCCACUGUCUCCUCAGCCUCCUCUGGACCUUCUGAUCUGGAACUGAAGGGCGUGACGAACAACCUGGACCUUCAGCAGUACAAGUUCAUUAAUCAGUUAUGCUACCAGACGUCACUCCACUGGUUUCCCAAGUGCUUCCCAUACCUGGUUCUCAUACAGACGAUCAUCUUCAUGGUGUGCAGCAACUUCUGGUUCAAGUUCCCCGGGUCAAGCUCCAAAAUUGAACACUUCAUCUCCAUUCUGGGAAAGUGCUUUGACUCCCCCUGGACUACCCGGGCCCUGUCCGAGGUGUCGGGAGAACACCCGGAGGAAGCGGAGAACCUGGCUUCCCCUGAGGCGUGCACCCAGCCCCUUCUCUCCAUGCGAGACAAAACAAGCGAAGAAGUGCUGGACAAACCAGUAGCAGUGGCCAGUGUCCUGGACAGUAAAGAAUGCGAGCAGGCCAAGGCUCUCUUUGAGAGGAUCAAGAAGUUCAGGGUCCACGUGGAGGAAGGCAAUCUGCUCUACAAAACAUACGCCUACCAGACCAUCCUAAAAGUAUUCACGUUCAUCUUCAUCAUUGCUUACAACAGUGCCCUCGUCACCAAGAUACGUGUAUUAGUCACCUGCAAUAUGGACCUUCAGGAUAUGACUGGGUACAGACACUUUUGCUGCAUCUUCACCAUGGCUCACUUGUUCUCCAAGCUUGCUGACUCCUACCUCUUCUUUGUGGUUAUGUAUGGCCUCAUAAGCCUGUACACUACCUACUGGCUCUUCCACCGCUCCCUUAAAGAGUACUCCUUUGAGUAUGUGCGAAAGGAGACCGGGUUCAGGGACAUCCCGGACGUGAAGAAUGACUUUGCCUUCAUGCUGCACAUGAUGGACCAGUACGACCCACUCUACUCCAAGCGCUUCGCUGUGUUCCUGUCGGAGGUGAGCGAGAACAAGCUGAUACAGCUCAACCUGAACCACGCGUGGACCGCCGAAAAGCUCCGUCGCCGGCUGCAGACCAACAGCAGCAAACGCCUGGAGCUCCAGCUGCUCAUGCUCCCCGGCCUGCCGGACACCAUCUUUCAGCUGUCCGAGCUGCAGUCCUUGAAGCUGGAGCUCAUCAGAAACGCCACCAUCCCAGCAGCCAUUACACAACUGGAGGAGCUCGAGGAGCUGUCCCUCAACCAGUGCUCACUGAAGGUCAACAUGGAGGCCAUAUCCUUUCUAAAAGCAAACCUGAAGGUUUUGCGGGUGAGGUUUGUAGACGCCAAUGAGCUUCCCUAUUGGAUCUAUGUGCUGAGGAACCUGGAAGAGCUCCACCUUAUUGGCUCCCUGAGUCCCAGCCCCUCAAAAAACAUCACCCUGGAGUCACUGCGGGACCUGAAGUCCCUUAAGACACUGUCACUGAAGAGCAACGUCACCAGGAUCCCUCAGGCCAUCGUGGACUUAUCCAGCCGCCUCCAGCAACUGCUCAUCUACAAUGAUGGCACAAAGCUGAUGACGCUGAACAGUUUGAAGAAGAUGGUGAACCUGACCGAGCUGGAGUUGGUGCACUGUGACCUCGAGUGCAUCCCAAGCGCCAUCUUCAGCCUGGUCAACCUGCAGCUGCUGGACCUCAGAGAGAACAAGCUGUGCUCCAUAGAGGAGAUUGUCAGCUUCCAGCAUCUGCCCAAGUUCACCUGUCUGAAGCUGUGGCACAACAGCAUUGCCCAGAUCCCAGAGCACAUCAAGAAACUGGUCAACUUGGAGAGGCUCUACUUCAGCCACAACAAGAUUGAGACGCUGCCUUUUCACUUGUUCCUCUGCAACAAGCUGUGCUACUUGGACCUGUCCCACAAUGACAUCGGCCUCAUCCCGUCUGAGGUCAGGUUGCUGCAUAGCCUCCAGUACCUCUCGGUCACUUGUAACAAGAUCAAGGCUCUCCCCGACGAGCUUUUCUCCUGCAGGACGCUGAAGACGCUCAAGCUGGGCAACAACCUCCUGUCUGGGCUCUCACCAAAGAUUGCCAAACUGGUGCUGUUGACUGACCUAGAGCUAAAGGGUAACUACUUUGUGUUCCUGCCCUGCGAGCUGGGCGCCUGUCAGUCCUUAAAGCGCAGCGGCCUGGUGGUGGAGGAGGCUCUUUUUGAGACGCUGCCCUUAGAUGUCAGGGAGCGAAUGAAUGCAGAGUGAAUAUGGGCAUAUGGGACACUUCAAAACAUCCCAAAAAAGGUUGAUGUACAUAUGGUUCCUGUCCCAGGCGUGGCAU